GAUGGAUCCAGGGCAGUAGUCUGGUUGCAGAGUUUGUGCCCCUCCCUCCUCUGUCGCUUGGGUUCUCUGGGGGGUCAGCCAUGCCAUGAUAGUUUUAAGAUCCCAGUGUUUCCUUAAAUCAGAGAGGUUAAUUCAACUCUGACUACCUUAACAAACACUUCAGAAAUAAGAAAGCUGAUUUUUCUCACUCUCUCUUAGUCUUUUCCUCAAUUCCUCUUUUUCAUUCUUUGUGUUACUUGUGGAAAUGAUUUUUUAAGUCCCUACUACAUGCUGAUGGAGGACACUGUCAUCAGGUAACUUCGUUACCCUGAACUCUGGCAACUUCAGUAUAAGUUACAAAUCCUUUCAACCCACAGUUGUGAAUUCGCUUAUUUUACCUGGUAAAAGUGAUUUACAAUCCCCAAAUCAACACCAAAGUUCUACAAUCCAUGGAACUUACUUCAGUUAGUAAAAUUGUGCUCACAUGGGUGAGUGCACGCACACACACACACACACACACAUUGAACAUGAAUUUCAGAGGGUCACAUCCUCAUGACUGAUUUAUGUAAUCUCAAAGCUCUCCUUGAUGCCCUAGGUGAAACCUCAUGGACAUCACUUGGCUGACCAACCACACUGGAGGGUCUGAUUUUAUCCUGUUGGGACUCUUCAGUCAAUCCAAACACCCAACUCUGCUCUGUGUGGUCAUUUUUGUGAUUUUUCUGACGGCCCUGAUUGGAAAUGCCAUCCUGAUCCUCCUGAUACACUCUAAUGCCCACCUCCACACUCCCAUGUACUUUUUCAUCAGCCAGUUGUCUGUCAUGGAUGUGACGUACAUUUCUGCCACUGUGCCGAAGAUGCUCAUGGACCAGGUCACGGGUGUCAAAAAGAUCUCAGUUCCUGAAUGUGGGAUACAGAUGUUCCUCUACUCGACACUAGUAGGAUCAGAAUUUUUCCUUCUAGCUGCCAUGGCCUGUGAUCGAUACAUGGCCAUCUGCCAUCCACUCCGUUACCCUGUCCUAAUGAACUACAGAAUAUGUCUCUUCCUGGCAACUGGCUGCUGGUUCUUAGGUUCAGUGGAUGGCUUCAUACUCACUCCCAUCACCAUGACGUUCCUUUUCUGCAGAUCCAGGGAGAUCCAUCACUUCUUCUGUGAGGUUCCUGCCGUAAUGAAACUCUCCUGCUCUGAUACCUCACUCAUUGAGACACUCAUGUACCUGUGCUGUGUCCUCAUGCUCCUCAUUCCUGUGAUAGUCAUUUCAAGCUCCUACACUUUCAUCCUGCUCACUAUCCAUAGGAUGAACUCGGCAGAGGGCCGGAAGAAGGCCUUCACCACCUGCUCCUCCCACAUGACUGUAGUCAUCCUCUUCUACGGGGCUGCCAUCUACACCUACAUGAUCCCUAGCUCCUACCACACCCCAGAGAAAGACAUGGUAGUGUCUUUCUUUUACACUAUCCUCACUCCUGUGCUAAACCCUUUAAUCUAUAGUCUUAGGAAUAAAGAUGUCACAGAGGCUAUGAAGAAAGUGUUGAAUGUGGAAUCUGUUAAGAAAGCAUGAAGUAGGAAAUUUUGGUAGUAACUGUUUCUUUUCCUUCUCUCUACAUAUCAGAAUUUUCACAUCUUAUACCUACAUUAUUCCUCACACCCUCAUAUCACAGUGU